AUGUAGUUUGCAGCGUUCUUUGUGUCCCAAUCUUGUGCAGAUUCAGUACUACAAUUCCCACAAUUCAAUGCUGACUAACCUUGCUUUGAGAGUUAUGGCGUCUUCUUGUAGCGUACAUUAAUCGCAAGACUGUUGUUUACAAGGCAUCGAGAUGGCAGCUGAUUCCUUAGAUAAGAAGGAUGCUGACUCUUCGGGGACCAAAGACAAAGAACGUAAGCGCAGCCGCUCUAGGGAGAGAGAUCGGAAACCAUCACCAAUACGCAAAAGGCGUCGAUCUCGGGAACGUAUUCGCUCUAAAUCUUUAGAAAGGGACCGCCGCCUGAAAGACAAGGAAAGAGAGAAGGAACGUGACCGAGACAAGGAACGUGACAGGAAUCGUAAAGACCGAGACAAUCAUCGCCGAGAUAAAGACCGAACCAGACGCUCCAGGAGUCUUUCACCAAAGUCAAAGGAUUCCAAGCUAAAGAAAGAGAAGGAUUUAAAAACAGAGGAAGAAGAUGAUGACAAACAGAAAAAAGAAAAGGUGCAGCCACUAUCAUUGGAGGAGCUUCUCGCCAAAAAGAAAGCAGAGGAGCAAGCAGAGGCAAAGCCUAAGUUCCUGUCUAAAGCAGAGCGAGAAGCAGAGGCUCUGAAGCGGCGUGAGCAAGAGACAGAAGAGAAGAGGAGGCUGAUGGAGGAGGAGAGGAAGAAGAGAAGAAUGUUUCAAGACAUCGGACGAAAAAUGAUGGAGGACCCACAAGAGAGGGAGAGGCGGGAACGUAGAGAGCGAAUGGAGCGAGAAAACAACGGAAACGAAGAAGAUGAUGGACGAGUGAAGAUGAGAGAGGAAAAAGACAAAGGCAAAGAACUGCAGGCUAUUAAGGAGCGGUACCUGGGUGGGCUGAAGAAACGCCGCAGAACACGUCACCUGAAUGACAGGAAGUUUGUUUUUGAGUGGGAUGCCUCUGAAGACACGUCAGUCGACUACAACCCCAUUUACAAAGAAAAGCACCAGGUGCAGCUGUAUGGACGAGGCUUUAUAGCUGGUAUAGACCUGAAGCAACAGAAAAGAGAACAGUCGCGUUUUUAUGGCGACCUGAUGGAGAAAAGACGCACAAUGGAGGAGAAGGAACAGGAAGAGACCAGACUGAAGAAGAUGCGCAAGAAAGAAGCCAAACAGCGCUGGGAUGAUAGGCAUUGGUCUCAGAAGAAGCUGGACGAGAUGACCGACAGGGACUGGAGGAUCUUUAGAGAGGACUACAGCAUCACCACAAAGGGAGGAAAGAUCCCCAACCCCAUCCGCAACUGGAAAGAGUACCAACUGCCGGAACACAUCCUGGAGGUCAUCGACAAAUGCGGCUAUAAGGAUCCAACGCCUAUUCAGAGGCAGGCCAUUCCCAUUGGCUUACAGAACCGUGACAUCAUCGGUGUGGCUGAGACUGGCAGCGGUAAAACGGCCGCUUUCCUCAUCCCACUGCUGGUCUGGAUCACUACCCUGCCAAAAAUUGACAGGAUCGAGGACUCGGACCAGGGUCCUUAUGCUGUGAUCCUGGCCCCAACUCGUGAGUUGGCGCAGCAGAUCGAGGAGGAAACGAUCAAGUUUGGUAAACCGCUCGGCAUCCGCACGGUGGCUGUGAUUGGAGGAAUCUCCAGAGAAGAUCAGGGUUUCCGUCUCAGGAUGGGCUGUGAGAUUGUCAUCGCCACUCCCGGUCGUCUGAUUGACGUACUGGAGAACCGCUACCUUGUCUUGGGCCGCUGCACCUAUGUGGUCCUGGAUGAAGCCGAUCGUAUGAUUGACAUGGGCUUCGAACCUGACGUCCAAAAGAUUCUGGAGUACAUCCCAGUGACCAAUCAGAAACCAGACACAGAAGAAGCAGAGGAUCCUGAGAAAAUGACGAUGAACUUUGAGUCUGGCAAACAUAAAUACAGACAAACCGUCAUGUUUACAGCCACCAUGCCUGCAGCUGUGGAAAGACUGGCCAGGAGCUACCUGAGACGCCCCGCCGUGGUGUACAUCGGGUCUGCAGGGAAACCUCACGAGAGAGUCGAACAGAAGGUGCUGCUCAUGUCCGAGGGAGAAAAGAGGAAGAAGCUGCUGGAAGUUUUGUCACAUGGUUUCGAGCCGCCCAUCAUCAUCUUUGUCAACCAAAAGAAGGGCUGCGACGUGCUGGCUAAGUCUUUGGAGAAGAUGGGUUACAACGCUUGCACGCUGCACGGUGGCAAAGGUCAGGAGCAGAGAGAGUUUGCGCUCUCCAACCUCAAGGCAGGAGCUAAAGACAUUCUGGUGGCCACAGAUGUGGCUGGUAGAGGUAUUGAUAUUCACGAUGUGUCCAUGGUCCUCAACUACGACAUGGCCAAGAACAUCGAGGAUUACAUCCAUCGUAUCGGCCGUACGGGUCGUGCUGGUAAAAGCGGUAUGGCCAUGACCUUCCUCACCAAAGAGGACGCUGCUGUGUUCUACGACUUGAAGCAGGCCAUCCUGGAGAGCCCCGUGUCCAAUUGCCCGCCAGAGCUGGCAAACCAUCCUGAAGCUCAGCACAAACCUGGAACUAUUUUGACCAAGAAGAGACGAGAAGAGACCAUCUUUGCCUAAAGGACUUUUUUUUUUUUUUUUAAGUU